CUGGGGAUAUUUAUUGCAACAAUGUCUUGUGGCCGGUAAUCUAUUACAAGGACCGUGUGGAAACUACGAAAUUUCAUCAUAUUACGUGAUUACAGAAACUUACAACAAAUAUGGCCCAUCAGCUAUUAUAUUCGACAAGUAAAUUAGAAAGAUUUGUUCUGAACUCUGUUUACAAAAAUGCCAAUAUAUUUCAGUUAAGAAGAUAUUUAUCAUUGGUAAGAAAUGAUAAAGGAACAAGUACAUUGGAACGUUUACGAAAUCAAUGGAGAUUAUUAUGCAAUGAACCACCAAAAGGAUUUGAAAAAUUUUUUAAACCAAAAAAAGAUUCUAGUAAAACUACUGAAAAAGCUAAAGAGGCACCAUCUAAGCAAGCUUCAGAGUCACAAUCAUCUCAAAUGCAAUCAGAAAAACCAAGUAUGCAUUCCUCGAGUAGUGAUAAACGUACAUUUUCAUGGAAUUUUAAGUGGGAUGGAGGAAAUAAAUCAUUUGGAGAUAAGAAAAAUGAAAAAAUAUUUUUUCUUGGUGCGGCAUUAAUGGGAUUAUUUUAUCUGUACUUACUACAAUUAUCAAAUCAACCACUAGAAAUCACAUGGAAAGAAUUUGUAACAAAAUAUUUAGAUAAAGGAAUAGUGGACAAAGUAGAAGUUAUUAAUAAACAGUGGGCCCGUGUCAAGUUAACACCUGGGAAUUAUGUAAAUGGAAAAGAUAAAGUAUGGUUUAAUAUCGGUAGUGUUGAAACUUUUGAAAGAAAUUUGGAGAAUGCCCAAAUUGAUUUAAAUAUCGAGCCACAAAAUUAUAUAUUAGUACAAUACAAAGAUGAGAUAGAAUUAUAUCACAUUGGAAAAAUUAUACCGCAGUUGCUCAUGUAUGGUGGCUUAUUUUAUUUAUUCCGUAAGUCAGCAGAAUCAUUUGGCAAAGGAAGGAAAGGUGGACUUUUUGGUGCAUUGAUGGAGUCAACCGCAAAAAUGGUUAAUUCCAAAGAUAUUGGUGUAAGAUUUAAGGAUGUUGCUGGCUGUGAAGAAGCUAAGAUUGAAAUUAUGGAAUUUGUAAAUUUUUUAAAAAAUCCUCAACAAUAUAUAGAGCUUGGUGCUAAGAUUCCUAAAGGUGCAAUGCUAACGGGUCCACCGGGUACUGGUAAAACAUUAUUAGCUAAAGCUACAGCUGGUGAAGCAAAUGUACCUUUUAUUAGUGUAUCAGGUUCUGAAUUUUUGGAAAUGUUUGUUGGUGUUGGUCCAUCAAGAGUUCGAGAUAUGUUUGCGUUGGCACGGAAACACGCACCAUGUAUAUUAUUCAUUGACGAAAUCGAUGCCGUUGGAAGAAAACGAGGGGGCCGAAACUUUGGUGGUCACUCGGAACAAGAGAAUACGCUUAAUCAACUUCUAGUUGAAAUGGAUGGUUUUAAUACAACUACUAAUGUAGUUGUAUUAGCGGCAACUAAUAGGAUAGAUAUUUUAGAUAAAGCUUUGUUACGACCUGGAAGGUUUGAUAGACAAAUUUACGUUCCUGCUCCAGAUAUUAAGGGUCGAGCUUCUAUCUUCAAAGUACACUUAAAACCUUUGAAAAUCACAAUAGAUAAAGAACAAUUAGCUAGAAAAAUGGCUUCCUUAACGCCUGGAUUUACAGGAGCUGAUAUUGCUAAUGUCUGUAAUGAAGCAGCUUUAAUAGCAGCGAGAGAUUUGAGCGAUAAUAUUUACUUAAAACAUUUUGAACAGGCCAUUGAAAGAGUUAUUGCAGGCAUGGAAAAGAAGACGAACGUUUUGCAACCCGAAGAAAAGAAAACGGUUGCGUAUCAUGAAGCAGGCCAUGCAGUAGCAGGCUGGUUUUUGAGAUAUGCAGACCCACUGUUGAAGGUCUCUAUAAUUCCACGAGGGAAAGGUUUAGGUUAUGCACAGUAUUUACCUCAUGAACAGUAUCUUUAUACAAAAGAACAAUUGUUUGAUAAAAUGUGUAUGGCACUUGGUGGACGAGUGUCGGAAGAAAUCUUUUUCAGUCGUAUUACAACGGGAGCGCAAGAUGAUCUACAAAAAGUAACUGCCAAUGCGUAUGCUCAAGUUAUUCAAUAUGGUAUGAACGAAAAGGUUGGUAAUGUCAGUUUUCAAAUGCCACAACAAGGUGAAAUGUCUUUCGACAAACCAUAUUCUGAAUAUACUGCACAACUUAUUGAUACUGAAGUACGCGAGUUAAUCGAACGAGCGUAUAAUCACACACGUGAUUUGCUUACGGAACAUAAAGAGAAUGUAUCUAAGGUGGCCGAACGACUAUUAAAGCAAGAAAUUUUAAGUAGAGAAGAUAUGAUAGAGUUAUUAGGUCCUAGGCCGUUCCCUGAAAAGUCAACUUACGAACAGUUUGUAGAAGGUACAGGAUCAUUCGAAGAGGAUACUUCAUUACCGAAAGGUUUACAGGAAUGGAACAAAUCGAAGGAUCAGAAAAAGAAUGAAACCGAUUCAGACACCACAUCGCAACCAGUUUCCGGAAUGAGCUCUCAAAAUCAACCACAACAGCGAUUAUAAGCCAUAUUAUUAUGGACUAUAAUCUGUUAAGUACUUUGUAUUAUAGUUUGAAAUGACAUAUUUGUAAUAGUGACAUAUAUGCACUUGACUGCAUUGAUUAUAAAUGAUAAUAUUAUAAUUCGCAAAAUGUGAAGCUUCUAAAUAUCAAUGAAAUUAAGUACUAUUUUCCCAAAAUAAGAUUGUACCGAUUUAAUAUUGCCUACCUUUAACAUGAAGAUGAUCCAUUGUAUAACAGAGCCUUUUUGUAACAAAAACUAAAUUGUGUAAAAAAUGCAUAAUACUGAAUAUAAAUUAUUAAAAGAGUUUUCUUAUAA